UUCCUCUCCUUCUUCUUCUGCCUUCUGUUUUAUCCAGACGAAUACACUGGCCAUAUUGUUUCUAUGCUUAGAGCCUCGAUUUAUUUAUCCGCCGUUGGAUCACUAUUCUAUUUUUAAUCACAUGCAUCUAGCUUGAUGGAGUAGAUCCCACCGCGCUUUGAUUACACGGACCUCUUCCACAAGCCUCGUCAUCCGCCCCCGUCCCGCCCAACGGACUUUUUUUUGACACAACCCGUCGCAUCCGCCGUUGACAGUUGGCCUUCUUCUAAUAUCCUUCCUAACAACUGCGAAGCGAAACAGCAACCGCUACAGAUUGACUUGCGCUUCACUUCCUCGUUACUGCCUCGACAUAUGAGCACCCGGCCUCCCGCAAGCAGCAAUUCGGCUGCGUCGACGUCCUCACCGAUACGACUCGCUACUAAGGCUUCUGCAGCAAGCCCUAAGCUCAACAACGACAUGGAGAUGGGUGCGGUACAGGCGGGCGAUGCCCCUGCCGUAGCACCCGAGGACGACAUUAUGCAGCUUGCCAGACUCGGUGACGUCUCUGCCAUGGAGCAGCUCUUCGCAAAGGGUGAGCAUGAUGCGACAUACACUGAUGACGAGGGAAUCACACCUCUGCACUGGGCAGCCAUUAACAACCAGUACGCAAUGUGUAAAUUCCUCAUUGAGCACGGCGCUGAGCUCAACAAAAAGGGCGGCGAGUCGAUCGCAACACCGCUCCAAUGGGCCGCGCAACGGUGCCAUUACUACACCGUCAACCUGCUCCUCCAGCAUGGUGCUGAUCCCCUCAUCACCGACGCCCAAGGCUACAACACACUGCACAUCUCGACCUUUAACGGCAAUGUCAUGCUCAUUACUCUCCUCCUCCACCAGGGCAUCCCUGUUGACGUUCUCGACAGCUAUGGCCAUACAUCGCUGAUGUGGGCUGCGUACAAGGGAUAUCCUCAGCUGGUAGACCUCUAUCUUCGAUGGGGCGCUAGUGUGCACGCAACGGACGAGCAGGGCUUUACCGGGCUGCAUUGGGCUCUCGUCAAGGGCAACCCGGCGUGUAUCCUGAAGAUGGUUGAAUACGGUGCCGAUCGAUUCGCAAAGACAGAAACUGGCAAGACCCCAGCCAUUACGGCAAGCGAACUCAAUACCCAACAUGCUUGGCAUCGUGCCUUAAAGGAAUGUGGUUUCGAUGAAGAUGGCCAUCCGGCUAUGCCUCCAUGGCCUGGUGCGGCAUACUUCCUUAAAGACAAGCGCCAAUUUGUAACCCGAUUCUUAUACUUUUGUCCCUUUGUUUUGGUUUGGGCUAUUAUUGCUAUCAUGGCGAACGCGCCUAUCUUCCUGGGAAUUCCUUUCUCAGCCAUUGUUGGCUACGGCAUUAUCUUUUGCGCGAAGCAAGUGUUGGACUAUGCGCCGUCAGACAUGCGCUCCUUUCAUAAAACACCUUGGCUUCCUGGUAUCUUCUCCGGCACCCUCUUCCUCACCGGCUGCAACUGGGUAUGGACGGUGCUGCCGAAGACCGCACUCAACAAAGAAAGCCCUCACUACCUGCUGAAUAUCCUGUUCAUGGCUGCGUUCCUCCUUACCGCUUUUUUCUACUUUGCUGCCAUGCGAUACGACCCUGGAUUCGUUCCCAAACUAAACGGCAUUGCUGAGCAGCGCGCUGUUAUUGACGAAUUACUCAAAGAGUGGAAAUACGACGAGGCCAACUUUUGCACAACUUGUGUGAUUCGCACACCUCUUCGUAGCAAGCACUGCAAGCGCUGCCAGCGUUGCGUUGCCAAGCAUGACCACCAUUGCCCCUGGGUCUAUAACUGCAUCGGCGUCAACAACCACCGACACUUUGUGCUAUACUUGGUAUCUCUUAUUAGCGGUAUCUUCCUAUACGACUGGCUCAUUUACGACUACUUUAACAUCGUGUCGCCAAACGCUCCCGAAACAUGCAACCUCCUCGGUGCUACCAUGUGCAAGCUCCUGAACGCAGAUUCGUACACCUUCAUUCUGGCUAUCUGGAUCACACUGCAGCUCAUUUGGGUGGUCAUGCUCAUUGCCACUCAGCUUAUUCAAGUUUCUCGUGCUAUGACCACAUAUGAGAACAUGAUGGGCAUUAAUUCCGGCAGAUCAAUGGCCCCGACGGCGUUUUCUUCCACUGGCGCACCCCUCGACCCGAACCACGCGACACUCCCCGAGGCCCCUUCAACGGCGAACGCUGGACCGAGACAACAAAAGGGCGGCAUGUUCAAGCAAUGGGGUCGUCUUCUGGGUGUCGACCCCUUCAUCGAGACGAUCACAGGUCGCGGUGCUGCGACUGGCAAGAACCGCCGCAAGAAGAAGAACCCAUACAGCAGAGGCUGCAUUCUCAACUGCAAGGACUUUUGGUUCGACCCAGCCCCCGUCUUUGGUGAGCGAGAAAACGGCAGCGCGUUGCUCGGUGGUGGUAAGGUUGACUACACUGCCAUGUAUGAAAGCCCUACGAUGAUGCGCAUCAAUGGUAUGAGAGGUAGAGGUGGCUACGAGUCGGUAGCCACGGAAGAGGAGGCCGAGGCCGAGGAGGUUUAGACUAGCCAUUGAGUGAGAAUGGUUAAACAAGCAAACAUUGGGACGGCGCGCAGUUAUUUAUCUCGAGGAGUUGGUAUGGCGAACGGGCGACCUGAAAAUAGCGUCAUCAUGCGCAGUACGAGUGAUGAGCCCUUUAUUCUUAUACAUACAUACAACCGUGCGUGUAAUUAUAGACUGUAAUAUUGAAACAUGACAUUGUAUUCAUUCAUUCAUCAUCCUCUGCUGUUGUACAUAAACGCUCAUUGUAUGUGUUGUGUCGUUUGUGAUUUGCUGGCGUAUAGCUUUGUCCAGUCUCUAGCUGUUUGAUAAUAUGCCUCAUUAUCAGCUUUAUACACGCCUGCGGCCUCCAUGUUAAUCGCGUUAUCCUCUUCUACGGAUGACAAUUGCAACCGGAUAUUUGUGAGAACUAAGCGGUUAGCAACCAGGGACAUAUGAAUCACGCUGACAUACCAUUUGAUACCAGAUUGAUCGGCUGCCACUUCUCCAUCAAGAAUUCCAUGCAAAUGAUGCCGCUGUCGCUGAUAUUGACAUGAUAUAUUUUAGUAGUGAAGUUGAUUUUGGGCUGGCGAAAGGGAUAGUCUGCUGGAAAGACAAUGUCUAUGUGAAAGAACCCGCCUGAAUAUGGAGAGUCGUC